CAGGCGUAGAAGAAGAAGAAGCAGACGCCGGCAUCAUGGAGGAAGUGCCGCUGAGUCACACAGCUCAGCCGGUUAAGUAGCAAGUUUUAGUUGAAAUAUUUUAAAUUCUACUACCGUUGUUAGUUGUAUCCUACCUAUGGCGGAGUUUGGUGAGAGAAACGGCCGUGAAGCUGAAGAACACGACGGGACACAGAGCAGAGAUGUCCUGGAGUCUGUGUGCGAGACAGGUGACCCCACGGUAACAGUCCCGCGGGGGCUACGGUGCUCUAAUCCUGAGCGGAGGAAAAAGUUAGUCCUUCAUGUAGACCUGAACAACACCAUACUGGUGUCGGACUCUGUGAUAGCUCAAGGGACGGUAGCUGCCCUGGAGCAUUUCCUCUCAACUGUCACCUGGGGAAGGAUGAGCAAAGGGAAGUGGGAGUGGCUGAGUGACUCCCCCUCCCUGCACCCCCCCUGCCAUGGUGCUGUUAGCUACCACUCUCAUUUUGGACGGACGGCAGGUUUCUCCUCCAAUGUGGGCCGACGUUUCCGAGGGAUUCUGGAGGAGCAUCUGAAUCUGCUGCGCUGGCCCGAGGGCACCAAGGGAGACAAAGAGCUGUCUGUAACGGGUGAGGGAGGGCACCUGUACCACUGGAUCCUGCCCUCCUUCUUCCAGCUGCUCACAGACCUGGUGCAGGAGGCACAGGAAUUCGCCAUUGUUUUCCGUUCCUUUGGAAACGACCUUCCUCGUGUGCUGAGUGCUGUGUCAAGGGCUCUGACUGAAGGAGCUCACCCCCUGUUCCCAGAUCUGCCCCAACUCAAGUUGAGCGUGAACAUGACGACGGGAAAGAUCCGCUGCAGCAGGAAGGGAAUGGUCCUGAGCCGAGCUGAGGAGCACCUGUCUUCUCGUGACGGAGAGCGGGGGCUGUACCAGUACUUCAGCUCCGCCAAGGGCCUGGGGGGCUUUCAGGACCACUUUGACUGGUGGUCCAGUAACGGCUCUUCCAUCCGGGGGGGGAAACCUCUGUGGGUUGACCCCUUCGACCAACAUGUUCAGCACAUCUUCAUAGACGACAACAUACGACAGGACGACGAGCACACCAUCAUUCAACCCAAGGUUUUCUUGGAGCCCGGCGGCGCUGACACUCGUACAGCCUGCACCUCGGAGCUCUAUGACAUCACACUGGUGCAGACCGACCUCCUGAAGGCCAUCUCUCAGCAGAACUACUUCACUCAGCGUGUCCACAUCUGCCUGGAAAACUAUGAGAGGAACCUCCAGCAGGGGGCGGGCUAAACACAGUUCACCUGUCACUCUGUUGGUCUCUGUGACAGCCUCCACUUGGGGUCCAUAGAGUGGUCCAGUGAUGACAGAUGAUAGUUUGCCGACCCGGAUUUUUUCAUUGGACUUUGGAAUAUUGCAGGGAAUAAGAUCAGUUGCAAAUACACCUUUAUUAUACUUAGUCCUUUUGGAUAUUCUCCACAUAUCAACACCACUCUUUCAUGAUUUUUGAAGCAUAAAUGCAACGCUCGAAGGAAAAAGCUAACGUUAUAAACAAACUACAUCAUGGGCGCAUAGCUGCUCAUCACCACCGCUGAGCUACAGGCGGCUAAUGUUCGUCUAGUGACGUUUAGUAGUCUCAUGUAGCAAUCUAAUAGCAACUGUUUAUUUUAUGACACAGAAGCUUCAGACACUCACCAGUGGGGUACUGACGCGUUUGUUGUUGUUAAACAAAACUAGAACAUCUUGUAAGCUUGUGUUCAUCACAGACCUUAUUUCAGACAUUGAACCACAGACCCAUCUAAAAAAAAAAGAAGGAAGUGUUAAAAUGCUUAUUCAUUUCUGGGUUUUACUACUCAUCCCUGCAUCACUCUGUUAACCCAGACAUUGAAAUGGCAGCACAGAGAGAGAAGGUAGGGCGAUUAAACACAGACCAUCAAACCACAAAUAGAAGAAGUUUACAUAUGAAGGUGAAAGGAAUAAAUAUGCAAAUAACAGCCAUUAUCUGAAGAUGGCUGCUCGAAAAGUAGGACAUUAAAUCAUUUUUGAGCUGCUCCAUGCAUACUUAAAGCAGUUAAAGUAUGACAGCUUCUACAGAGGGCACUCACAAACAGUUUGUGCUGUCCUUAAGUGAACCGCCACAGGAAGAGUUUCUGACUUGAUUCAGCCCCAAGGUGGCCCCUUGCAUCAAAGGCUCUUUGGCUAAUCACACCAUGGGAUAAUUGGCCUGAAUCCUGUGUAAUUUGUGUCGGACAGCAUAUCAUUGGGGUCAGCUAUGGAGAGAAAGUCAGUGUUGCGUUUGUAGUCUAGCGAAAAGGAUCUGCUUCAGCUCUUCACCUGUCCUCAAAGUGUUUCAUGUAGCGUCUUACUUCAUAACUUCAGUUGUUGGCCGUCAUCUGCUUUUGUUUACCUCAACUCCAAGUAAUACUUGAAUAAUAGAUGACUGAAAAGAAUCAGAUUAGUUUGUAACUUAAAGGGUUAUACCUUAAAGCGCUUUAUAAACUAUUUAUGAAGGCAUCAUAACAUGCAGCAGUUUUAUUACAAUUAUUAUUUAUAAACAUAUCAAUAUGUUAAACAUGGGUUUGGGAUUGGUAUUAUAUUUUGAAAGCACCGUUUUGUGACAUUUUGAAUAAGUUGAAUUGUUAUGUACGUUUUUAAGGGUUUUAGGAUUUUUUAUUUUUUUAUUUGUAAGCUAAUGGAGAGGUUGUUGUUAUUGUUAUAUUUUCUCUGGUCAAUGUUUAGAGAGACUGCUGAAUGCAAACAGUAAAUAAAAAAUAGCAACAUUUAAA